CUAACCAUAUACCUUAGAUCAAUUGAUGUCAUGUCACUUAUUUUCCAUGUCGCAUCGUAGCUCUUCCAAGUUCCAACAACAUCUACAUCCAUAAUCAGUACGGCAACACUUUAGUUUAUCGAAACCCGCCCGUGCUUUAAUUCGAACCAAUCUACCAUCUGCCAUUCCACAUACCCUCCUCGUUUCGCAAUGGCAGUAUUCCAAUCGAAGAAGUAUCGAAGUGCCGCCGAUGUUAACUCGUUUGCCGCGAAAUACCGCGCCAUGAUGGCGAAGCACCCAUUCUUGCUAUUUGGGUUACCGUUCAUGUCCGUCAUAGUCGCCGGAUCCUUCGUCUUAACACCUGCUACGGCUGUGCGGUACGAGAAACAUGAUCGCCGAGUUAGACAGAUGACACGCGAGGAAGAAUUGGGAGUCGGCAAGUCGGGGCGCAAAGUGAAUUUGAAGGAUGAAUAUUAUAGGCUUUCCGCAAAAGAUCUAGACAACUGGGAACAGAAGCGCGUUAAGAGACUUCCUGGUGAGCACGACGGUGUGUUAUGAAUAAUUUCGAUAUUGGCUCCGGAGAACCUUCCCCAACGGUUAUUACGAAUUCCAUAAACAGAGCUCGUCAUCUAAAAGCUUCAAGAAAAAGCAUCCGGAUUGAUUACAGUAUGAGUAGUCUAUUGCAUUGGGAUUGAGGGAAGACUAUCAUUGGAACCGAUCAACGAUGCAAAAAAGAAAAAAAUGUCGAU